GAACAGGUGAAAAAAAGUUGGGUUUCGUUCGAGGUUUGCUAUAAAUAGUUGGAUUCGUUAGUAGAGUUUAUCUAGCAGAUUCUACUUUAGACGCAGGGGCGUAUGGAUGUAAAAGGAUUUUUUUUAAUUAAAGGAAUUCGAUACUAUUAAAGAAUUUGUGAGAAUUGGCCACUGUUCAUAGCCCCCUGGUGGCGAGUUUCUAAAAUAUCGUCACCACAUUUGCAACGGGAGUUUGGCGGGCAACGUAGCGACGAUUGGUCGGUCUUUCGUCUUGUAGUCGAUGGUCGCCGCAGUCAUCCGGCUGAGUAUCGGUUCGAGUUUUCCCAGGAAAACACUACUUCCCGCGGACCCAUUGUCCCCGACGCGUCGGCGAAACCCAAGGAAAGGAGGAUUCAUCGUGCAUAUACAUCAGGCACCGGAGAUUUAUAAAAAAUGAGUUCGAGCGCUUGUUACAAAUGUAACCGGAUGGGUCAUUACGCACGGGAGUGUCCACAAGGUGGUGGAGGAGGUGGUAGAAGCGACCGUGGACGUGACCGAGAAGGUGGUUUCCCACGCGGUAGAGACAAAUGCUACAAGUGCAACCAAUUUGGACAUUUUGCACGUGAAUGUAAAGAGGAUCAAGAUCUUUGCUAUCGCUGUAACGGUGUUGGGCACAUCGCAAAGGACUGCCAACAGGGUCCAGAGAUGAGCUGUUACAACUGCAACAAGACUGGUCAUAUUGCACGCAGCUGCCCAGAAGGCGGUAAUGAUUCUGGACGUUUCGCGAUGCAAAGUUGCUACAAUUGUAAUAAGACAGGUCAUAUCGCUCGCAACUGUACCGAGGCUGGAGGAAAGACAUGCUACAUCUGUGGCAAGACUGGUCACAUAAGCCGUGAAUGUGAUCAGGAUGAGAGGAAGUAGGAUAUGACUGGAAUCCGUGCCGCUCGCUUAACGAUAAGCCGUUUACCGUCGCGCGCGCUACUACCGGGGAUUGUAGCUAGGUAGGGAUGUGCGAACGUAUGUCUCGUUGAUGCGUAUAAUCGCUAAAAACGCGUUUUGUCAUAGUCGUUCGAAUUUCUAUCUCUCCAUGCCCAACUCCCGGAACCCAUUUUAUUCCUAAUUUCCUUCCCCUCUAUACAUCGUUGUUCUCUUCGCAAGGGUUUUUUCUUAUGAUGUCUUUGUUUUUAUUGCUGUUACACUACACCAUACAUGCGCGCGCGCGCACAAAGUACAUUUACACAUAGGACACAUCCAAGCAUUACAUGAAUACACACACUAUACGAUGUAAUAAUAUUAUAAACAUUCGAUUGAAUUAGAGUAGAGACAUGAAUCCUCUGUCCCUUGACCUUCAAACUAUCUCGUACGCGCAUUGUUUUUGUGAUGCAAGAUGUAUGGAUUCUUAAUAUGCUUUAUAAAAAAAAUUUGUCCAAGUAAACAUUUUAUGACGUAUUUUGUCAGUCCGACUGGCAAUAAUAUUACACUUGUUGAACGUUCAUACUUUAAAUUAGGAAAGACGAUUGAAUCGAAAGGACAGUUACAUUUUUCACGAGAGAGAGAUACAAUGACUAUGAAAAAUGGAGACAGGUAAAACUUAUGUUCCUUUCUCACAUCCACGCAUCUUGUAUCCGGUCCUCCCUCUCGAACUCUCUAGCAACUCGAGACAAAAAAAAAAUUUCAGAAUUAAUGGGAAAGGAAAUGAACAUGCCGGCCCUGAAUACAUAUAAAUAAAGUUUAGUAACGCCAA